CAUCCAUCAGCUGAGGAACAAGGUUUCGGAGGAACAUGAGGUCAUCAAGAAGAAGGAGCUGGAGACUGGCCCCAAGGCCUCCUAUGGCUAUGGGGGCAAAUUUGGAACAGAGCGGGACCGAAUGGAUAAGUGUGCAGUGGGCCACGAGUACGUUGCUGAUGUUGGGAAGCACUCAUCGCAGACGGAUGCAGCCCAGGGCUUUGGGGGGAAGUAUGGAGUGCAGCGGGACCGAGCUGACAAGUCAGCACUGGGCUUUGAAUACAAAGGUGAGGUGGAGAAACACUCGUCCCAGAAAGAUUACUCCAAGGGCUUUGGUGGCCGUUAUGGUGUGGAGAGGGACAAGGUGGACAAAGCGGCAGUGGGAUUCGACUACAAGAGCCAGGCAGAGAAGCACGACUCUCAGAAAGACUACUCUGUGGGCUUUGGUGGGAAGUUUGGGGUCCAGAGGGAUCGUCAGGACAAGAGUGCACUUGGCUGGGACCAUCAGGAGGAAGUGCAACCCCAUGCAUCCCAAACAGACUACGCCAAGGGGUUUGGAGGCCGUUACGGGGUCCAGAAGGACAGAGUAGAUAAGAGUGCUGCUGGCUUUAAUGAGAUGGCAGCUCCCACCUCCUCAUAUGAGAAAACAAGACCACUGGAGGCAGCUUCCAGUGGCACUAGCAGCCUGCGGUCACAAUUUGAAAACAUGGCUAAGUCAGCAGAGGAGGAGAGCAGAAGGCAGGCAGAGGAGAACCGGUUGAGGCGGCAGGCUCGGGAGUGCCAGGCAGCUCGGCGGGAGCAGGAAAUCCCACAGAGAGAGAAGGACCACACAGAGGCAGCCCCUACCACCAUGCCAGCAAGGGUGCCUGGGAGCGCUGCCCGAGACAGGCCUGUGUCACAAGGAGAACAGGAGGCAAAAAGGGAGGAUGAGGAAACACCACCCACUUUGCCACCAAGGCCAGCAGAUCUGGGUGAAGAGCUGUGCAAGUUCCCCAGCCAGGAUCAGCCCAUCUACAGUGAAGGUUUGGAUAUCGGUGGAGACUAUGAGGAGCUGCCAGAGCCCUCUGACUACUGUGACAGUACCAGUGGAGGUGCUGACUAUGAGGAGCUGCCAGCACCCUUGGAAAAGCUGGAUGCCAUCUAUGACGAGGGAGGAGAUGGAGGUGAGGACUAUGAGGUGAUCCUUCCUGAGGAGCCCAGCCAGAGCCAGCCCCAUCUGGGGGAAACGGAUAAUGUUUAUGAGGCGGAAAGCCCUGGGACCUGUGCAGUGGCUCUCUAUGAUUACCAAGGAGAUGGAGAUGAUGAGAUUUCUUUUGAUCCUGACGACACAAUCACACACAUCGAGAUGGUAGAUGAAGGCUGGUGGCGGGGUCAGUGCCGGGGCAAAGUAGGCCUCUUUCCAGCAAAUUACGUGAAGCUUCUGCAGUGA